AUGUUGCAGCCUGAGGUUCACCAAUCUUCAUCGCUGCACUUGAACCACACCGAUGAAGUUGGUUCUCAAGGGCUUGACAUGGAUAGAGAGAGAGGAAACCGUGAGUUUUCUUCUUGGUUCCUCUCUACUGCUGAGGAUAUAUUGUCCCCAUCCCCAAGUGAACAGGGUCUUGUUUCUAUGGAGGAAUCUGGUAUUUCUUCAAGUCAUUCUUCAUCACAAUUAGCCCAAAAGAGUUUGAUUUUUCCCAAGGAAGAUAUGGAACUCGACAAGGGACUGAGCAUUCUCCAUUUGCUCAAGGCUUUGGGGGAGGCGAUGGAGAAUGAAAACAAAGAGCUUGAAAGGGUAAUAUUGAAGCGAUUAGAGAAGAAGGCAAAUCUGAAUGGUGCAGCCAUCCAACGGUUAGUUUUUUACUUGAUCCAAUCACUGGACAAACACUUGAGUAGCUUAACCAAAGAAGCAAUCAAGAAUUAUGAGGUGGGAUUCAGGGCCUUCUACCAAAUAUUCCCUUAUGGAAGAUUUGCUCACUUCAUUGCCAAUUCAUUGAUACUUGAAGCUUUGCCUGGGGAUGCAGAGACUAUUCAUAUUCUGGACUUUGACAUGGGUGAAGGAGUGCAAUGGGCUCCCUUGAUUGAGGCACUAGGAAAGCAAAGCCCGGGAACCAUGCGACUAGUAUCAAUUAAAUGCGACAACUGCGCUUCUGUGCCUCCCCUGCAGAACUUUGAGAAGACACAAAAAAGGCUCUGUGAACAUGCACAUUUGUCCGGUUUAGAAUUAAAGGUUGAGGAGAUGGACAUGGACGGGCUGGCAUCCGAGAUGAAGAAAAUGAAGAUGCCAGGAAGAAAGGAUUGGUUUGCCUUCAAUUGCAUGGUGGGGCUUCCGCAUAUGGGGAGAGUAAGAAGUGCUAGGCUUGUCACAGAGUUUCUGAAGGUGGCCGAACAAUCAAUCAACGCGAGUAAGAGAAUUCCUAAUAGUACAAUUAACGGGGGCAUUCUAACGUUCGGGCAUGGACAUGGCAUGGAGGAAGCAGUGAGUGAUUGCUGCGACUUUGGCUCAACCUUUGAGCAGCAGCUGAGCCAUGUCACAGCCUUGCUUGAAUCAAUGGAGUGGCAAAUGCCUUUCCUUGAAGAAGCAAGGACAGCCAUGGAGUGCCUGUUUAUGGCCCCCUUUGUUUCUUCUCUUGCUUGCUUUGAGAAGUUGGAGGAGAGAGCUUGCCCAGGUGGGUUUCUCCCAGAGAUGGCAUUGGAUCCAUGGAGGGUGAGCAAUGAUGUUAUCUUGGAAGCCAAACAACUUGUGAGAGAAGGCAAUAGUCCAUAUUGGAUAAGAAGUGAAGGCCAGAGUGAAAAUCAAGUGCUCUUGUGUUUUCUGGGGACUCCACUAGUGAGAGUUUCCAGUUGGAGUUGA